AAUCAAGACAAGCUUUCAAGAACUACAACAUUUCUUUUGUCUUUCACGAUAUUUCAAGUUUGAAUUGUGUGUACUUUAUAUGCAUGAACGUGGGAUUAAUAGUUAGGGUCGGUACUGAAUUAUCUUGAGUAAAUGGUGUGGAUUUAUUACAUAAACAAUUGGUUUAUAAAGAUAUGAAUGAGUCAAGGUGUGACCCUGCAGUUAAAGUUGCAAGACUUCAUCAAGCGAUAUUUGGUAAAAAUCCUGCAUCCGGUUUGCAUGUGAGUGGAAAACCUGUUAAGUAUUAUGAAGAAGUUUGCAUUUGCCUGCCAGACUACAGAAAUUCUAUUUUGUCCAGUAACUCUCCAGAUACCGUAGUUGCGAAUCACGUCAAAUGGAACUUCAGUCAUGCUGAGCUACCCCACUUCAAGGUACAGUUGAAAAAGCAUGCUGAUUCAAGCUACGGUAUUUUUAUACGCCGUGGUCUAUUGGUCAACCGUUUCCACUUAACGGAUGAUGGAUUUAUUCUAGAGAACCGUUCUGAAGUCCUUCUGACAGAUUAUGGCGUGCAGAAUCUUUCCUGUGGCUUACUUCCGGGUGAUUAUCUUGUAGCUGUUGGGGACAAGCCUGUUGGAUCAAUUUCUCGCAAUGAAGUUUUACAAUUGAUCCGCUCCACUGACCUUUAUCUGUCUUUGACUGUACAGUCUCUUCCUGAAUUUACGGAUUUCUUCUAUCGCCUAGUGCUUACUCCCCAGCCUGGACUUGAGCAUUUAAAAACCGAACAAGAAUAUGGACAAGACAAUUUUUAUCACAUAACUCCGGUUUCUGUUCGAGGCUACGCUGUUAAGUACGGAAGCUUCAAAAACUUAUAUCUAUAUUUACAAAAAAUAAAACCAGAUACACUUGAGAACUCAUCUUUUGAUGCUGUACAUACCAUAAAACGGAAACCUAAUAAUAAUAAUGAAUGUGUGCAAUCUGUAUAUGACGAAGAUAAUAAUCAAACAGAUUUCCCAGUUUGGAUUACAUUUAAACAAGGAUAUGUUUCUGGAAAAUUUCUUAGUUCACUACCAAAUGGACGAUGUCGUGUGAUCAUUCUACCAGGACAAGAAGUAAUUGAAGUGAAUCCUGAAGAUGUUGAACGUGCGAAUCCGCCUCGUUUCGAUCGUGUUGAUGAUUUAAUUAAAUUGCGUUAUAUUAAUGAAUCCAGUGUAACACAUUCAUUUAUUCAACGAUAUGGAUCUGGUCUAAUAUUCACUUAUGCUUCAGGCAUCAAUCUAAUCAGUAUUAAUCCAAUGAUGCCUUUGAAUAUUUAUUCAGAUAAAGUGAUGGAUUUAUUUACUAACUGUCAAGUACGCUACGAUAUGCCACCGCAUGUAUACUCUGUGGCACAAUUAAUUUUGGCUCGUUUAAAACGACGUUUAUUCUACACCAUAGUUACUAUGGAACAACAACAAAAUCAUGUCAAUGGAAACCCAGUGUAUCAUUUACCAUGUUCUUUAAGUCAACAAGUUUUAUGCUUGUUGGGUCGUUCUGGUUCUGGUAAAACACACAUCUCUAAUGAUGUAUUCACUUACAUGAUUUAUCAAUCUGAGAAAUCGAUUAAUCUUUUUAAUCACUCAAACAAUAAUGGUAAUAACAGCAUCAUAUCAAGUAAAAUCAAUGAAUGUCGUUUACGUGCACUCUUCAAUAUGCUUGAUUCAUUCACCUGUUCACGUAUUAUUCUCAACACUAAUGGAAGUCGAGCAUUACGUUUAUUCUCAUUAGAAUUUGCUAAUAUCCAUUCUUUGCCAAUAGUUAAUCAACCGGAAGAUAUUAGUUUAAUUGUAACAGGUCUGACAACAAGAUUAUUAUUAUUUGAACGUAGUCGUGUCACUGAUCGUCCUGAAGGGGAACCUAAUUUCCAUAUAUUUUACUAUAUGUUAGCCGGUUUGGAUGAAGAGUCAAGACGCGAAUUAUUUCUAACUGAUCUGGAUGUGCCAAACUUGUUUAUGACUCGUUUACAUCGUCCUGAAGAUAAAAUAUCCGCUAAAAAAUUUUGGCAACAAUUAUGUCAUGAUGCUGAAUUAUUACAAUUUGAUAUAAAAAAUGAAUGGUUAACAGGAGGAAUAACACGUUUAUUAGCUGUAAUUUAUCAUUUAGGCUGUGCUGGAUAUUGUAAUGAAUUAAAUGAAAAAAAUUUAUUAUAUUUUACAAAUUAUCAAUCAGCUCAAUAUGCUGCUUAUUUACUACAUUGUUCAUUGGAUACUUUAAAUGAACUUAUUUUUUAUCCAGUACUUCGUAAACCAACAACAAAUCAUUAUUAUCAUAAUCAUCACCAUCGUAUUGAGAAUAAUAAUGAUAAUCAAUAUUGUAUAAAAUGGACUGCUAAAACUUGUUUACAUGCAUUUGUACAAGAUCUUUACAAUAUGAUUAUAGAUAUAUUAAUUAGUUUAAUUAAUCGUUGUUUGUCUACACCGAAAUCAGAUUUAUCUAGUCAAUUUAAUGUUGUAGCUCAAUUAAUUCUAGUUGAUCCAGUUGGAUUUCAAAUACCAUAUUCUACAACAUCGAUUAUAUCACCAUCUUCAUCAAUAUCACCACCAACAGCAAAACUAUCAUCGGAAAGUAAUGAGAUGCAUAAAACUGGAAAUUUCACCGAUUUAAUUUUUAAUUAUGCUUAUGAAUGCUUUAAUCAACUUUAUUUCGAUAGUAAUAUUCUGCUGGAUGAACAACGUUUGAAACAUGAUGGUCUAACUUCACCUAUUCCAUAUAAAAAUUUUUGUCGUACAAAGAAUAUUUUAAAUUUUAUUGACAAUACUACAUUGUCUGAGACUCCAACUUCUUUUCCAAUUAAAAAUCUAACUACAACUAAUAAUGAUGUAUGUAAUAAUACAAUGUUCCCUGGUUUAUUUUGCCUGUUGGAUUCAGUUGCUCAAAACGGUGAAUUUUCUCAUUUAUAUGACACACUCAGUCAAAUGUAUCAAACACAGCGAAAAUUGUAUGAAAAUCGAGAUUUACGAAGUAUUCGUCGAUUCAAACGUAAUGGAUCAUCGUUUGUAUUAAAUCAUAAUUUAUCCACUACUCCAAUUGAAUAUGCACCGAAUUGGAGUUGGUUCGCACCUUAUCAUCGAUCAUCAGCUAGUCUUAAAAAACUUAUAAAUUUCUUAGAACAAUCUUCAGUUAAAUCCUUAAGUAACCUUGUCAGUGUGUUAAAUUGUAAAGAAGAUUAUUUAAGUUCUUUUCUACCAAAUAGUUCAAGUCAUAUUGGUGUUUAUUCUGAAGUGAAAUCUAUAAUGGAUACAUUAACACGUUCUUUAUAUGACUGUGCUGCACACAAUGCUUCAUAUAAUCCAAAUGAUCCUGGAUCCGGUUUUAAUGACGGUGGUCCACCAAGUGGUAUGCAUUGGAUUCACUGUUUUCUACCUGUAUCUACAGCUGGUCUAUGUGAAUUAAAUGAAGAAAUACCUCUUAAUCAAUUAAUACAAACAAAUUAUCCCUCUAAUGAUCGUCUUGCAGAUAACGACAAUCAUACUAAUAAUGAAGACGUUAAUCAUAAUACAUCCAACUCAUAUUUAUCUGAAUUAGUGAAACGUUAUCCAAAUAAAAAUUUAGUAUUUAGUCCAGCACGUAUAUGUGUCAAUCUAAUACGUGCACAAAUUCGUGGUAUUGAAUUAAUUAAUACUCUACAAGCGGUUAAACAAAGUUAUCCGGAUAGAUUAUCUCUGAAAGAAUUUUGUAAUCGAUUUGUUUCAUUAUUACCAAAUAGUUCGAAAAUAAGAGAAUUAAAACAGAAUGAAUCAUUGAAUAAAGCCAUUGUUCAUGAAAUUCUGAAUUCACUUCAUUAUUCACCAGAAACAUUUCAACUUGGUAGUAAUAAUAUAUAUCUUCGAACAUUUAUCAUUCCACAACUUAUUCAUCGAUUAUCUUAUUCUCCUGAACUAUCUAUUGACCAAGAAUUGAUCCAUGUUCAACCCGAUUGUAAAUCAUUUAUCAUUGACUGUUGCAAUGAACAACAAGUUGUGAUAAAAGAAGAUAAAAUCAAUCCUCAUAUUGUACCAAAGUACACAAAUGCUGAGGAACGUGCAUGUAACGUUGAGAUAAAUGAAAAGCAUAUAAACGCCUCCAUAAGUGUAUCAUCGAAUAAAAAUAAUACCAUGUAUAAAGUUGGGUCAGUUUCCACGUUGAAAGUGGAUGAUGAUUCUACAAUUCAAUGCGAAAAAUCUGAAAGUUUGAAAUCAACUAUGAUGAAAUGCGAAGAGUUGGAACCAACACAUAAAGAACAUGUUAAUUCACAAAGCACCACGAUGAUUGAUAAGGAAGUUACAUUAAGCAAACGUGGAAAACGUUCUAUAUCUAUUUCACGAGAUACUGAUUCAAAUCAAACGUAUAAAUGCGGUUCUGUCCUAUUGGUUGGCUCGUCGGAAACUAUAAAGCAGAAUCCAGAAGAUAAUAAUAUAGAAACAAAGAAUAAUUCAGUAAUAAUGAAUAAAGAAAUUUCCUUGGACAAUCCAACUUCUUACCAUUCUUCAUCACUAAAUAUUUCAACAGGAGUUGAAUCAAAACAUACUACUCAACCUAUAACAAUUUCAUAUGAUUCUGUAACAAAUGAUCUUAAUGUUGAACUAAAAGAUAUGGAUAAACAAGUGAAGCCUAGGAAAAGCAUACUACAUUCAUCAUUCUUUACCGAUAAUAAAUCUGAAAAACAAAUUUUAAUUCAAACCAAUCGCUUGACUCCUUCAUUUGAUGCUGCGGAAUCUGAUCAGAAUAAUCAAGAGAAAGAUUUGUUGUCACAAGGGGUUUGUCCAGGUCAACUUCAGUCAAAUUCAUUAUUGAAUGGUAAAACUGGAUGCAUUAUUCAGAAUGAUAUUAAUAAGCCUGUAACACCAGAUUUACCGCCUAUUUCACAAUUAACAAUCAAAUUAGAUAAUGAUAAUCAAUUAAAUCAUUCUGAUAAUGAAUUAAUUAACUUAAAACAUGAAUAUGCUAAAGCAUUAGAACGUAUUAAAGAAUUGGAGGCAAUGUCGAAUGAUUUAAAGUGCAAAUUAUCAGCAUUGACAAUUGAAAAUGCACAUUAUAAACAAAAUUGUGAUCGUGCUAGAAGUGAUUUAGAAUUAGCUGAAGAAAAUCGUAUACAAGCUGAACAACAAAGUAAUGUGAUAAGUUUAAAAUUGGAACAAGCUGAGAAAAGACAUCUUCUCCUACUGGAAUCAUUGAAAAAUUCAUCUAGACAAGAUACACAGAACAAUACUACUGCAGAAUAUACAGUUUUAUAUCCAGAUGCUCCAGAACCCCUAUUAACUGAAUUAAAUCAAUUACGUUCGGCUAAUCAGCUAUUAAAAUUACAAUUAACGGAUUUACAAAACACCAUAGCAGAUUUAACAAAAGAUUUAGAAACUGCUUAUGCAAAUCAUCAAAAAGCUGAAAAAACUAUUGAAAAAUUACGCAUUGAUAUAACACGUAUGCAAGAUGAAUAUGAAGCGGAUUAUGAAGCAAAUCGUACAGCAAAUCAAAUCAAAUUACGUCAGUUAGAAGAAACAAUGAGUAUAGUACAAGAAGAAAAUACACGUUUAAAAAGAGAUAAGCAUCAGUUAGAAUUGGAAGUGUCUACAUUGAAUAUAGAAUUAUCAAAUGCUUCUAAUGAUGGUGAUAUCGAACAUAAGUUAAGAAAAGAACUGAAAAUAGUUAAAAGUUUACUAGCUGAAAAAGAAGCAUUAAUCAUCGAAUUAUCUUCAAAUCCUAGUGAUUCACAAAGUCAAAUUACGAAACUACGUGAUCGGGUUGAUGAAUUGGACGAAUUAAAUGAAAUACUGAAUCGUCAAAAACGUGCUUUACAGAGUGAUUUAGAUGAGAUCCAACAACAGCUUGCCAGUGCUCUACGUACACAAAAAGAGUUUGAAGAAGAUUUGUCUCGGUCGAAACGUCAAUUUUUAGAUUUACAAAGUCAAUUUACUGAUCAAGAAGAAGCUCAUAAAGAAACACGUGAUAAAUUACAAAAUGCAACAGCUAGUUUAACAAUAAAAGAGGCUACAAUUCAGGCGCAGAUACAAGAAAUUGAUGAAUUUUUAAUCGAGCGGAAAAAAAUGCAAACACAAAUAGACGAGUUGAAACUGAAAUUGAAUACUAAUAAUAUCGAUCAAGUUCCUCGUAGUGAGCUAGAACGUUUAGAAGCGAAAAAUCGUGAAUUAGAACAACGUUUAGAUAUUGAAACUAGUAAUCGAGUACGUAUACAAUAUUCACUUGAUCGUGCCAAAGAAACAAUCGAUCAGUUGACAAAUGAACGUGAUAAACUAAUAAUUAUUGAAGCUAAUGAACGUGAACAAAAUCGUAAAUUAUCUAGACAACUACGUGAAGCACAACAAGAUGAAAACGAAGCAACUAGACGUGCUACAACAGCUCAACGACGAGCUGAAGAAGCACAAAUGGAUGCUAACAAAGCAAUGCAUGAAGCAUUAUGUUCACGUGCUGAAAUGAAUGCUUUAUUGAGACGUACACAAGAUUUAGAAGCAUUAAUUAAAUCAAAACAAAGUGAAUCAGAUUAUGAAGAUCUUUUAAAUUGUAAUUCAUCAGGCGAAGAUCUUAUUUUAAAUAAAUUUACAAAAGGAUCACAAGAUUUUCUUCUACGUCCAAAUCCUAAUUUAUAUUGCUCUAGAUCAUCAGCGGAAUGCUCUGCCUGUUCAGAAAAUGAUGAUGAUGAUGUUCAAGGUCAUGAUAUUAAAUGAUGACAGUAGUCAUAAUAACAAUAAUAAUUAUGAUUAAAACAAAGAUAACGAUUGGAACAAAUUUGAUUUUUAGGGAUAGUAAUAAUAAUAAGAAUAGCAAUAUUAGUUCAUCAUUUGUAAAUAAAAACUUUCGCGUUAACGAGCAAUACUACUACUACUACUAAUACUACUAUCGCUACUACUGACAACAGUGUAAUGUUAAUCCUACAACGAAUCUGUUUGUCUCUCACCUAAUGAUUUUUCAAACAUAUCUAUAAUUGCGAACUGUCAAUUGCACAUUCAACAUUCCUCUUUUUUUGUUUUCUAACUUUUAUCAACCAUAUAUGUAUACAUAUCUCAAGAAUUUACUCUAAUCAAUUUGAACAAGAUACCGUAAUCGUUUGCUUCGCGGUUCACAUCAACUUUUAUUAAAUCGUGCAUUUUCCGACGAUAAUCUUCCCUAUUUUCCAAAUCGUUUAUCAGAUCAUCUGGUCACAACUAUUAAAAAUUUCCAAUCAGCUUUUAGUGAAUCAUCAAAUCUCAAUUCUUCUAUUGAUAAUAAGAACUUCAAAAAUUCAAAAGAAUAUUCAAUAAAAGAUAAACCGAAUAAUUCUGUAUUAUUAUCACAAACAAGAUCUGCCUCUCCAAUUGUCUCAAAUAAGAAUCGUAAUUUCACUGGGAAUACUUAUUUAUAUACAAACAAGUUAAUAUCUUCAGAAGAUAGAUUUUUCAAUUCGUCUAAUUAUACUUCGAUGAAUAGUUUCGAAACAACAAAUGGUUGUGAUCAUAAUAUAGACUCGACUAGUAAUAAUAGUAAUAAUAAUAAUAAUAACAAUAAUGAUAAUAAUAAUAAUGAUAAUAGCAAUGGUCAAAUUUGUAGCAAACCGAAUGGAUCAUUAAUAUUUUCUUCAAAUAUACGCGUUUUAACGUCGCCAAAAUUUAAACAAUCAGUUACUAUUAAACAUGUCCAAUCUGACAAUAUAUGUAAACCAAGCAUGGAUGUAGUCAGUAUUACAGAUAGUAAAAAUAGUAUUAAUAAUAAUGAUAAACUUCUUGCUAUUCCUUAUACUAACCGUAGUUCUAUCAAUUCGCAAAAUAACGACGUCAAUGGCAAUAUUCCUACAACUACUAUUACAAUUACUAGUAGUGAAAUAACAACACGUAAUGAAUCACCGUCUGCGUCAUUAUCGUCUACUGAAUCAUUUCGUAAUUUAGAUCACUUACAUAAGACUAACUUAGAAAUUCAUUAUCAUGAUAAAUGAAAUACCAAUCUUUCCAGUUGAAAGGAGGCGGCAAGUGUCUACCUCAUAAAUUAAUUCAGAAAACUCAUCAGUAUGCAUAUUAUCUAAAUAGAUAGUUGUAACAAUAACCAUAAUUCAAUCACUAUGCAUUAUGUAUGUCUUAUAUUCCUUUAUUUUCCAGCAGUUCAAAAUGUAUAAAUCCCUCCCUCGGUGUCCAUAAUAAUAGUAAUAAUACUAAUAAUAAUUUCAACCCUUCUUUCAAUUUGAAGCUUGAACAUUUUCUUUCCCAACUGUUAUCAAUGGAUUUAUACACAUUUUUAAUAUUAUUAUUUAUGUUACUUAUUGUUUAGUAUGGAUAUCAUUUUCAUAAUAGAACGUAUUCUAUCCUUACUAUAAGUAAUACACUAAAACUAUAAACUAGCGUUGAUAAAUAGGUAGACAUCAUUGCUGUUUCCGUCACUAUAUUUUGUCUUUUUGUUUUAAAAAAAUUGAUUAUUGCAUCAGUAUUGUCUUCUUGUUUCUUA